GUACACUAUGUAUCUGUUUGCCUCUGCACCACAACGCUACUGAACAGGACAGUCAGUACACCACGUUCUCUACUCUUGUCCGGUUGACUUGCUUUCUACCUUGGUUCAACCCACUGCCAGAGUGAUCCCCACUCGUCGCCCGAUCUCGAUCUGCGCGAUCUGGUCUGAUCAACAUGAAUCGCGAUCGAGAGAGAGAUGGUCUUCUCCACUUCGUCGUCUUCUUCGAUUUGAUCUUGCAUUUGGCCUCUGAGCUCGACUAGCAGCAAAAGACUCACGACGCGAUGACCACCCGGAAAAAGGAGUACAUGCUUGCGUCUGUCGCCCUACGGCGGUGCCAACACUGCGGAAAACCACAGGACGAAGUGCUCAAGAUGAUGCGCUGCUCAAGAUGCGCAUCAUCGGUAUACUGCAGCAAAGAAUGUCAAAAAGGAGCCUGGCCGACUCACAAAUCUUCAUGCCGCCCGGUGGACGAGUCCGACCCGGAGCGCAUCAUGAAGAACGAAGAGGUCGCUCAGUACGGUUUCCGGAGCGCGGACGAGUUCCGGCAAGCACGCCACGACUUCAUCGAGGCGCACACCUGGGCCUUCCAGUCCUACGCUCGGGCACACCUCCUCCUGGAAGGCGGCGUCGACCACAUCCACACCCCGCCAAAGUUCCUGCAGCUCGUGCUGCGCUGCCUCUGCACCCCCGGCGGCACGCGGAACCCCGCGCGGACCUUCAGCUUUGUCGGGCACCGCUGGUGCACGGUCGAGGAGUACACGAGCCAUCCCAGCGGCGCGCGCCACUGGGCGCAGUCCGCGGCGACGCGCGAGGCGGCGCAUCAAUACUACAUCGGAGACCCGCGCUUCGUCGGCAUGCUCCCCGUAUUCUAUCUCGUCGGGGGCAUCGGUUCUAUGGGAAUGAACCUCUACCCCCAGUACCGCCCGAUCCUGGCGUCAUGGAAGGGCCCCAGCGAGGCGAUGUUCACGAGCCUGAUGACGGACGUGGUUGCGCUGUGCACGAGCAGCAUCUCGCUCGGGCUUGCGCUGCGGUGCGCGGACGGACAGGAGUCGAUCGCUGCGCUGCCGGGACGAUUCGUGCGCUCGAACAGGCUGUGGGUCUGGGAGCCGUUCUUUAGCGACUGGGAGCGAUACCUCGCGGGGCCCCGAGGGAUUCCAAGCGUGGACGCUCUGCUCGACAGCGUCCACGACGACCUCCUGUCUGUCCCACAACUUCUAGAAGUCAUUCGCAUGAUCUCAUAGCCGCAGCCGACCUCGGUGAGGGCUCUAUGAGGAUUAUGCACGUAUUUCGUUACACGAGCCUGCGCGCCGUUCAAGUACAAGCGGCCCCCCUCACUCGAGCGUUGGAAUCGAGACAUUCUACUCUGUAUCGUACAAAUUCGUUUGGUGAUCACUGUGCUAUCUGCGGGAUGCCAGGUUGUCGC